GGUGACCCAUAACUGCCGAGCUACAGCCUGUCUCUUAUACACAUCUAGAUGUGUAUAAGAGACAGGGUCGGAGGGCCGACGAAAGGGACUCGUUUCCGCCCCUUGUCCUUCAAUGUAGCGAAGCCGCUGUUCCCGCUUGCUGGCCAGCCGAUGAUCCAUCAUCCGAUCCUGGCCUGCACUAAAAUACCUAAUCUGCAAAGCAUCUAUUUGCUGGGGUUUUACGACGAAAAGGAGUUUUCAAUGUACACCUCAGCGCUGUCUUCAGAGCUUCGUAUUCCUGUCCGCUAUGUGAGAGAGACGAAACCCUACGGGUCGGCCGGGGGGCUUCAUCACUUCCGUGACGUUUUUUUGGAGGAAGAUCCUCGUUUCAUCUUUGUCCUUCACUGCGACGUUUGCUGUACCUUCCCUCUCGAAGCGAUGCUGGAAUCGCAUAAGGUACAUGGAGGGGUAGGUACGCUUCUGGCGAAGAAAGUCGCUCGGGACAAGGCCAACGAACUGGGGGUGCUGGUUGCCGACCCAGAGACAAGGGAGGUUAUGCAUUACGCCGAAAGACCCGAGACGUUCGUCAGCGACCUAAUCAACUGCGGUGUGUAUGUCUUCUCUUCCGCGCUCUUCGAUUGCCUGAAGAGCAGUGCUUCCAGCCGAAGGGGUGGCAGCAUAAGACGGGUGCCGAGUGUGGACUCUUUCUCUCCCUUGCGCCAAGGGCCGUCCGAUUACUUGCAGAUCGACAGAGAUGUCAUCAUGCCGUUGGCGGCGAAGAAACAGCUUUUCGUGUACGAGACGCCCGACUUCUGGGAGCAGAUCAAGACGCCGGCCAUGUCUCUUCGCUGCUCGGAACUCUACCUCGAACAGUACCGAAGGACAAGACCUGAGAUUCUCGCCUCGUCGUCGUCGUCGUCGCCUUUGACCACCUCUUCCUUGCUAAACGACAAAAAAGGACCGACGAUUGUCGGUGACGUGUUCAUCCACCCCUCCGCCAAGGUCCAUCACUCAGCCAAGCUCGGGCCCAACGUGUCCGUGGCGGCCAACGCUCGCAUUGGAGCCGGCGUUCGCCUCAUUGAUUGCAUUAUCCUCGACGAGGUGGAGAUCAACGAGAACUCGAUUGUGACUAACGCCAUCGUGGGGUGGAGAGGAACGAUCGGAAAAUGGGCGCGAGUGCAGGGAGGGGGAAAUCAUGCCGCCAAACUCGGUAUCACCAUUCUCGGCGAAAACGUUACCGUUGAAGAUGAAAUUGUUGUCGUCAACUGCGUAGUUCUUCCUCACAAGUCUCUUAGCCAGAGCGUUCGCGAAGAGAUCAUUCUGUAACUGCAGGACUGGAGCCCCGUCGCGCUGUCUCUCUUUCUCUCUCUCUCUCUCGCGCGCGCGCGCUUCUUGAAUAUGUGUUUUGGUUUUUGGUUUUGGUAUUUUGUGUCAGCUGCCUGCGGAGUCCGUGCUCGUCUAUGUGGCGAGAGAGCGAGCAAGACGCGCCUCACGCGCACGAAUACGCAGAGCGAAAGUGAGAGAGGGAGGGAAUAGGAGGAGAGAGAGAGAGAGAGAGAGAGAGAGAGAGAGAGAGAGAGAGAGAGAGAGGUGAAUGUGCGAUGAUGAUGGUGCGCACAUAUACGCAGAG